UAGCUCUCAUUCACUUCAGUCGUUGCGUGGAAGGAGAAGAGGGAGGGUGGUGCGCAUCCUCCUUCCUCUCGCCUCCUCCAUUCAGUACCUUGCGUUUCGCGCCGCGUUUUCUGCACAGCACAUCCGCAAUAGUGUUUCGUUGUCGCUGUCUGUAACCGUCCGCUACCUGAUAACUAAGGUACGGUGGUGACUUGCUCAUGUUGUGGAAUUGUUAAUACAGUAGGACGAGAAGAAUAAUACUGUGACCACACCCCCCGCACCCACGACCACGCCCCCCGCCCCGGUACACGCCCACACACGCCCACACACGCCCGCCCCCCGCUGGUGUGGAAGGCGCGGCGCUCCCCUGGCUAUGGUCCGAAGAUUUGUCAUGCAGGAGAAAGUGAUGUUCGUGUUAUGAGACGUGGCUGCCGUAAUCAGAAGGGGAAGGGGAAGUAACUAAUGUGGAGAAGAGAAGGUCGCGAAUAGCUUGGCGUGUGCCCUGCGUCGCCAGCAGCAGCAGCAGCAGCAGCGAGUGACAGCUGGAAAUGUUAUCGUACCGCAUGGCUUUUCCUUCACCCUCCUGCUGCUGUCGCUCCCUCCUGCUUGCCCAAGUGGACGCGGAUGUUGUUUACGAUUGACGGCCGCCACGGGGAUGUAAUGCGGCGUGAUGCCCCACUAUUAGCUUGUUGAUGGCGCAGCUUGGGUGUGUGGCGGUGGUGGCGGUGAGGGUGGCGGCGUGCGUAGCAAUGAGGGGGACGGGUGGUGUGCUGCCCUCCUUGUCAUAGACACUCUUGGCCUAAUGGCUGGCAAGGUGAUAAUGCCUAAUUCACAUGGCAGCUUCAAGGGCCACAGGCAGUGUGUCGAGGCCGCGGGGGGGCGCAGUGGGGCGAGGGGAUAUGGACGAGACUCACCCCCAGCGGUGAACCCUGUUGGGGGUCGCGCCCCUCGGCCCACCAGGAGAGAACUAACAGUGUCUUUAUACGUGAAAACUUUGCUCAAGGUGAUGUCCAGUGUGUAUGCGUGUGUUUACGCGUGCUGCUGCGAGGCUUGGCGGCAGGACAGUUGGCGGCGGGCGGCGGGACUCUGCGGGAGGACGCAUGGCGUGUUGGCCUACGCGGUGAUGCUGUGCGCCCUACCUGCUGUCACCGAGGGGUUCUGUCCUCGCGCAUGCACGUGCAACUACUCCGUGAUGCAGGUGAGCUGCGAGGAGGCGGGGCUGGACAACGUACCCAUCCUCCUCAACCCUCGCGUGCAGGACCUACGUCUGCAAAACAACAACAUCCACACACUCGCUCAGUCCCUCGUGUUCUACCUCGAUCUGCGGUUCCUCGACCUCUCUGGGAAUGAGCUCGAGUCCCUUGGGGAAAACAACUUCAAGGAGCAGUGGAAUCUUCGGGAGCUUCGUCUGGGUCACAACAGGCUGCAGAGCGUGGAGCCCAAGUCGCUGCGUGGCUUGGCCAGGCUGCAGAAGUUGGCACUGAACAACAACGCCAUCACGCACCUCGAGGAUGGGGCCUUCCAGGAGGCAGGGAACGUGACGGAGCUCGACUUGUCCCACAACAGGCUGCGGGCGGUGGGGGCGGGCGGCCUGCUGGGCUUGGCGUCUCUGGACCGCCUCGACCUGAGUGGGAACAGGCUGACACGUGUGCCUGGUGGGGGACUCAUUAACCUAGCCCACCUCAACCUCACCCACAACCUUAUCUCGCAAGUGCCUCCUCGUGCCUUCAGCGGCUUCCCAGCCCUCGCUUCUCUCGUCCUCGACAGGAACAACAUCAGCAUCAUCGCCGCGGCGGCCUUCGAGGCGGUGGCGGAGCUGAGGCGGCUGUCCUUGGCGGAUAAUCGGCUUUUGGCGGUGCCUUCCCCCUCCCUGGCUUCGCUGUCACGCCUGCAGUACCUCGACCUCAGCGGUAACCUCUUUGAGAGUCUCCCGGAAGACUGUUUCCGUGGCCUUCGGAGUCUGCAGGGUCUGAGUGUGUCGCGGUGCCCUCGCCUGCACACAGUGAGCAGCGAGGCCUUCCUCAGCUCAGCCUCCCUCCAGAUCCUCCAGCUGAGCCACAACCCACGCCUCGCAGCCCUGCCUCCUUCCGCCCUCGCCUCCCUGCUCACCCUCCGCCAGCUGGACCUCUCCGCCUGUGGCCUCCGCACCCUCACUCCCACACAGGUGCCGCUGCGGAACCUGAGGAGCCUCCAGCUAGCGGGCAACCCCCUCACGUGCAAUUGCUCCCUGGUGUGGUUCUCGCGGCUGGCCUCGAACCCCAACUCCUCCAUCACCUUCGACCACCCCACCUGUGCCAGCCCCCCAGCACUGUAUGGUGUGUCACUGCGGGAUCUGGGCGGCGACGAGGUGGGGUGCCAGUCCUCCGUGGCAGUGUGGGCGGCCGUGGCGGGCGUGAGCGUGCUGGUCCUCGUCAUUCUCUCCUACCUCGCGGUGCUCUGCUGGCGGAGACUGAAGAGGUGGCGGAGGAACAGAAAACGGAGAAGAGAGGGGGACAAAGCAUGCUGGGAGGAUCCGUUCUUACCUGAUGGGGGCCUGUCUGUCACCCGCCUCCCCACCCGCCCUAUCAACGGGAACACCCUUACCCACACCCCCACCCCACUAGGCCCCCCUCCACGCCUUCCCCCAACACAUCCCCUCCACUACCACCUCCACCACCAGGGCUGCUUACAACAGUGUCCCUACGCAGCCCUGCAUCCCCUGUACAGCCCUCUGCUCCCCCCCUGCCAUCCUGAUUAUGAUAGAGGGCGGCCGUCCCCUCCCACCACCCCCUCCUCCAUGACCUCCCCGCCCCCAUUACCUCUAAGUGACCCCCCCAACUGGUACGCUACGAUAGGGGGGGAUGGUGGGGAGGACAGUGGCAGGGAAAGCCGUCCCCCUACCCCCUUUGAUCCCUCUGAUAGCCCUCGUAAAGUACCGGUGACAUAUGUUUGACCUGACCUUAUCCAACCUGACCUGAUUUAACUUCUCUUGUCAGUGUGUGUGUGUGUGUGUGUGUGUGUGUGUGUGUGUGUGUGUGUGUGUGUGUGUGUGUGUGUGUGUGUGUGUGUGUAUUUCUCUAAGCUUUUCGUUUUUUUACCUUAGGAAAGAAAAAAAACAAAAUGACCAUGAUUUAUAUUCAUUAAUUGUGUGUAAUAUUUUUUGUUAUGACCUUGUUUCUCGUUUUCUUUCAUUUCCCGUUUUCUCUUUCUUUUUAUCUGACUAUUUUGACAUUUUUAUGAUGUAGAUAAUGUAGAAAAUGUGGAAGUUUCUUGGAAUUAUUUUUUUUAUGUUGUGAAUUACAUAUCAGAGAGAGAGAGAGAGAGAGAGAGAGAGAGAGAGAGAGAGAGAGAGAGAGAGAGAGAGAGAGAGAUGCAAUAAAGGCACAAUCCGCAUAUAUACCAGAAAUUUUCAACUUCAUUUUUUACAUUUUUUUUCCUUACAUUAUUUUGCUUUACAGAACUUUUAUCUGGCGCCUUUAAUGAACUAACAAUUAAUUUACGCUACUUUAUCGUUCACGUUUGCUGCUGCUGCUAUUAUUAUUAUUAUUAUUAUUAUUAUUAUUAUUAUUAUUAUUAUUAUUAUUAUUAUUAUUAUUAUUAUUAUUAUUAUUAUUAGCUUUGGCAACUCAAUACAAUACCGUCCAUUGUUCACUUAAUAAUUCGUUCGUUUGACCUUUAUAUUCAAAGCACUGUACGUAUUAUGUCUAUAGUUCGCUUUACAGUCAUGACCUUCAACGUAAAUAUACAUAAUUAUUUCCCUUCUUUUAUUGUCUCUCUACACACUCACACGCACACACACACAGACACAGACACACACACAGACACACACGCACACGAGGGAGUCUAAAAGGAACUCAUUGUUUACUUAAUAUAAAGGCUUCCGCUUCCCGAUGCUCAUCUGUUUUAUUAAAGUUUGUCUAAAUAAAGAGAUUUUUCCACUUCA